AUGUCCCUCGUCCACCUAGCAAACACAUGCUCGCACCUCCAAAACGCCUCGCGCGCCCGCCUCGGGCUCACCUCCAUUCCCGACACCAAAUUCCACCUAAAACUGAUGCUGGCGCUCCAAAACUCGGGCUUCCUGUCGACAGUCGUGCGCGGCGGCCCCUUACCUCCACCGUCGCACAACCUGCUCUCGCACCCGAGUUCCUCGAACCCCGAGGCGCCCAUCGACCCCGUCACGCGGCAUAACGUGGCGAGCCGCCGUCUCUGGCUGGGGCUGAAGUAUUGGAACUCGGCGCCCGUGAUCGAGAAGAUGGAGUUGGUCAGCAAGCCGACGCGGCGGAUAUGGAUGGACGUCGAAGGGCUGAGGAGGCUGGUGUUGGGCAAGAAGAGCGGGUAUGUCCUGGGGUUGACGAGGCCCGGGGAGUGUCUGUAUGUGAGUACGGAUGUGGGGAUCCUGGAGGCGCGGGAAUGCGUGGAACGGAAGAUUGGGGGGCAAUUGAUAUGUCGGAUUCGGUGA